AUGGAUCGUCCGCAAGAGCCGCCUGCCGCCGGCGAUGCAUCUCCUCCGGCCGCGGUGGUCGAUGUCGCCGUCGGAGCUGCGCCGAACGCCGGGGAGGUGUCGGCCAUGAUCUCCGCCACCAUCCCGUCGAAGAGGAAGAGGAUCCCGAAGGUAUUCUUCGAAGCACAAGCGGCGGCGGCCGCAGCAGCGCCGGCCGCAGCUUCGCCGGCCGAAGCCCCGCCGGCUGCCAAGAAGGGGCCCAGGCUGAAGACCAAGGCGGCCGGGCCGAGGGGUGUCGCGCCGGCCAAGGUGCGGACAAAGGCCAUCAACCGCAUCGGCCUCGCUCCUCCACCGCCCUCCAAGGCCACGCCCUCUCCUCCCUCCGUUCCGUCCGAUGCGCCGCCCGCGCCGCCGCCAUCCACCAUUGACGUAGACAAGGUGUUCGAUGUUGAGUCCACAACAUCCUACAUGGACAUGCUCAACGAUUCCGCGGUGAAUUUGGAGGCCGAUGAAUCGACAAUGGAUGUACUGGUAACCGACUCUCCAGCGUAG